AUGGAAUCAAAAUCAAAUUUAAAAAUAUUAUCAAUGCGUGAUAGAGAUUUUUUAAAAUAUAUUGAAUUAGCAAUAAAAUAUGGUUAUCCUAUAUUAUUUAAAGAUAAUGAUGAAUACAUUGAUCCCAUUAUAUUAAAUAUUUUAUCAAAAAAUAUUCAUAAUCAAAAAAAUUUGUUUGUUAAAUUAGGUGAUAAAGAAAUUGAUAUUGAUCCAAAUUUUCGAAUGUAUUUAACAUCACGUUUACCAAAUCCAAAAUUAUCAACGUUUCAUUUUGGUCGUUCAAUUGUCAUUAAUUAUACUGUAACAUUAAAAGGUCUUGAAGAACAAUUAUUAAGUGUUUUAGUAAAAAUUGAACGUCGUGAAUUAGAAGAAAUGCGUGUGAAUCAUUAA